AAUGGUCAGAGGUUGGUUGUACCUUCUCUCUACAAUAUUUGCAUUGUGAGAAAGUAUGUUGAAAGUGGCCUGUAUAAGUUGUACAUAUUAUUUCACGACCGGUGAUUAUAACACAUCGUUGGCCUUGUGAUUUAAGUGUGAUAUGAUUUAUUACCGACCCUUUUGUGCUUAUUUACAACGGAAUUACGAACUUCCCAGUGAAAUAUAGUUGUGGAUGGAGGGAUUAUUGUGCUAAUCAAGGAAAAUAUAAUUUAAUAUAUAUGUACCCAUUGGAAAACAGACUUGGCCGGAUACUACCUAGUCGGGAGUCCAAUCAACAUAGGAGAAGAAACUGAAUGGCCGAAUUCUUUAGAGAAGACCGUCCAAGAUGACAAAGAACGGCGAGGAAAACGAGCAGGAGUGGAAGCAGGGGGCUGCUGCAGCAGAAGCAGGACAGAAAGAGGGUCGCGAGCUGAAAGAAGAGUCGACCGGGGAUGAGCAGAUGUCCAACAGCAGAAUGGCGCAUCUGCUGGCCGUGUACCAGAGCAAGGUGCAGGACAGCAAGAGGGUCAUCGCGAGGCUGAAGAGGCAGAAGGAUUCCCAACUGCAAGCAGUGAUCAGCCAGCUGCUCCUGCUCGAGGCUCAGUUGAGGAAGGAGCAGAAGGGUAUCGUCAGCGAACUGGCUCAGCGGGACCACGUCAUCCUCGCUCAACGUCAGGAGAUAGACCGUCUGAGAAGAGACAACAGAAGGCUGAUAAACAAGCUGAAGAAGAUGAGCGAGGUGUGCGCCGAGGAGCCGGACCAGGUGGAGCCCAGGCUGAAGAUGAGUCGGGUCGAGCCCUGCGAGGAGAGCGCGAUGUCCAGCGCCAGCCGCCCCGAGACAGAAUCAGUCCGCGGCCUCGGGGUCGCCUCCCAGCCGCAAGUCUUCAUCGGGCUGAUUCGCGUGGCGACUAGUGUGUCACAACUGAUCAACUGCAGUAGUGAAUCCAGUUUUUUGAAACCUCAGCAAAUGCUCAACGACAUAAAUAUCAGCAACCCCGUCACCCACUCGACAGCAGAGACCGUGAACCCCAACGUCGCAUCCGUGCGGGCAACCACCGACCGUGUUUUUCACAAGCCGCCCAUCGCCGAGAAGCCCCGAGUCACCAGCCGGGUCGCUAGGGGCCAGCACGGCAACCUCAAGGGCCAACAGCACCUGGUGAGAAGUUACGGAGGAAAGCAGUGCACCAUUGUAUCAACUAUCAGUCGCCUGCUGGAGGAGGAGUCUGAUGCGACAACCACAGGCAGCUCCGGCAGCAGCGAGCCCUCUUCCCCUGAGGCAACCCUGAAGCUGGUCACUCCAAGAGUCAUACGUCUUGCGAAGCAGUACGAGGACGGGCUUAACACCAACUCGCAAAAUAUGCAUAUCUACAACAACCAGGGCUCCGCGGAUUCAUCUCCUGAGUCGCUCAGACACGAGGACCGAAAUUCCAAGUCUUAUAUCAUGGAUGAAUAUGAGGUAACAAGUGGUUACAACAGUGAUGCCAUCAGCGACCACGAGUAUGAGAAUAUUCGUGUUUUAACUCAGGGAAGUAGUGACGUUUCUAGUAAACAUGGAAUGGAUGAAAGUCAAGAUGAGGAAGAAGAUAAUUAUGUCGUCUUGAGAGCUGUCAAGGAGAACCAGGAGACUGGGAACUGGGUGGAUGUCCCUGAGGACCAGCAUAUAUAUUCCAAUGUAGAAUUUGCCUCUGGACUCAUGGUUAAGGAAGUGGAUGAAGACACAGAAAAGGAAUCAGAAACGUCAACAGAGGAGAAGGAUGAGAAGGACACUUCAAGCACGGGAUCCAAGAGCAGUCUGCUUGGGGAAGGGAAAAACAAUGUGCUAGAAACAAACUUAGAUUCUUUGGAUUCAUCUGCUUCUGAAAAUCAAAUGCUUUCUGAAAGUCUACGCACUGCCUUGAAUGUACCUCGGUCUCGACACAACAUAAACCUCAUCAUGGAAACCGAUGGGGACCACAUGACUGAGAACUUCGAAGAAUUCACCCUUGACUCUCUGGAGCUGGAGGAGGAGCAUGAUGAUGGGGACAGAGGCAGAGGGAAGGAAAACCUGCCAAUUUCAGAACAGCGGAGAUGCGGCGACGGAGCUGAAACUAAGCUUGACAGCAAGAUGAGAGAGGAGGCAAAGAAUGACAAUGCCAACAGCGCAUCAGCUGCCAUCGUAAUAUCAUCUGGACAAUAUGAAAAAUUCUUAGAGGCUACUGGUCUUAGCCAAAAGUCAAUACUGACUCCAACGCGAAUGUUUUCUAAUCAUAGGUCUAUGCUGAAGCCCCGGGACAUCAAGCAUCGCAACAAGCUCCGCGCAGCAUUCACCACCCUCUCCACACUGGAAGAGACGCCUGGCUCUGGCGGAGUUUAUAAAUACUGGACAGAGCCCUACCUAUAAACCCUACCUCAUUUCUCAUAUGUUGCGUGACUAGCUAUGAUGAGUCUUAGCUAUGGAUUGAUUUGGGGUAAUUUUCCCAUUACGGUUAAUGGAAAAUUAGGCUUAAAGUAAUCUAGCAUAAGGCUCAUGGUUGCUGUAAUGUAGCAUAGUUUGAGAUUAUUAACAUUAGUGCGAUUGCUUAAGAUUACCAGUGUACAGUAUUUCAGAGAUUGUGAACUCCAGUCAAAUGUGAUCAGUUUGAACAUGCGGUCACUUGAUCAAGUAUCAUUGUCUCUAUUUUCUCCUCUCUCUCUCUCUCUCUCUCUCUCUCUCUCUCUCUCUCUCUCUCUCUCUCUCUCUCUCUCUCUCUCUCUCUCUCUCUCUCUCUCUCUCUCUCUCUCUCUCUCUCUCUCUCUCUCUCUCUCUCUCUCUCUCUUUCUUUUCUUUUCUUUCUGGUACAACUACUUACUCUUUUAUACUUCAUAAUUGAAAUUAAGAUAACUAUUGCAAGCAUCUCCACUGUCUUUCCAAAUAAGCUUUCUAUCACACAUUAAUGAGAGAGUUUCUGUAUGUACUUUUUCUGUAUGUAUAUUUUGUUUAUUAUGUGCAGAUGAAAUAAUUAUUUUGUAAUUAAACACAUGGGAAUGCACUCAGAAUUUUGUAAUUAAACACAAAGGUAAAUCCACUGCCUGAAAUGUCUCACGUUUGAUCCACUGACUGUAUCUGACUGUAUUUCAGAGGAAACUAUUCAUAUGUAAAUUAUGUUGUUACUCACUGUUAUUCUGAUUUCACUGUUUCUAGGACAGUUUAUUGUAAAACCUACUUAAAAAAAACUCUUACAUGACUAUUUCUCCAUAUCUGUAAAGUAAAAGAGAUAGAAACUAUGCACAAUUGAAUACUUUUUUCUCACUUCCUCCCUCCAAUCAUUCAUGGAGGUUUGCUGGGAAAGUGAUGAAAGUAUUAUUAGAAAACUUGCCUCUGUAGUUAUAUUCAUCACUGUGAAUGUAUUACUCACAUGGGCUAGCAUGUGAAUUAUUUAUCUUGGCUAAGAUAAGACCUACAAAAAUAAUAACAUGAAAUGUUAUUUGAAUUAUCUUCUCUAUACUGAGGCAUUAGUAUGCACUGUAUCAAUGCCUGAAUCUAUCUUCUGUAUUUUUAGAGUAAGCACGAAUGUAGCUUUGGAUAUUCUGGAAAUUGUCAUGUAACGGUUUACUGAGACCCAUUUAUAUGAUCUGAUCUAUACUUCAUAUAUGAUUGUAAUUGAAUGUAAUUACUAUGGUAUUUCAGCCUUGAGCAGAUAUAUCAUAUGAACUCCCUAAAAUUGAAAAAUGAAAAUUCAGUUAGGUCAGGAAAAUAUGAAAGGUAGUGUUAUCUAUAAAUAAAGUCUUUUGUUAUUUCAUGAUGAGCAUCAAGGGGUAUAUAAUCUUAUGCAAGUAAAAAAAUCUGCACCGUUGUCUUUUUAGGAGAGCAAAUAUUUCUCAAGUGUUGCACUUACUGUUUCUCAUUUGCCAAAAAAAACACUCUUACACACAGAGAAACUAUAUUUACUUUUCUAACCAGUAUUAUGAGAAAAUAAAGUUUUAGUCUUACUCUAGGAUUUCCUGCUGUGUUGGUCUCUUUGAGUGAUAUCAAGACUAAACAGUUUAAAUUCCUUAUCGUGCAAUUAAGAUAUUGAGGCACAAAGCAUCAAACAAUCACAUUUUUUUCUAAGUCUCACUAGUCUUGGCAGAUUGCCAUCUUCCGUUGUUUCAUCUGUUUGAUCUUUCUCUUGUUCUUCAAGAGCACUCCUGUAGAAUCUACUUAUGCUCAAAUUUUGGUAGCUACACCAUAGAUAUUUGUGUAAGAUGAAAAUAUUUAUAUUAACCUAAGUAUAUCCCAAGCAUUUGGCAACACCUAAUUCUUUGUCAGCUGCAAACCUAAAAAUAAUUUCUUUUUUUGUAAUAAUGAAACUGUAAUUAACCAUUCAUCAAUGUAUAUAAAAAUCUAUCUCUUGGCAUUUGCCAUGUGAAAUUGUCAAAUAAUUAUAUCUUUAAUAAAUUUAUUGAAUCUAU